AGACGGGGGAGACAGUCAGGGGAACCGCAGCAGCUGGAUUACCGUCGUCCUUCCUCCUCUCCAUCCUUCCUCCCACUAACAUGGCCGCGCAGCAGCAGCUCAACCGCUGAGAAAAACGGAGUUAAACACCAGCGAGGUAUAAAAAAAUAAAUAAAGGUGAUAUGAGGAGAAACACGAAGGUUGGCUGUUAUUCUAGAGCCUCGAACGCGAGGAGACGCGCUGCCAAGUUCAAUCCAAAACCAAGCUACAGAUUAGAUGGCGUUCAUGUCUCGAUUUUCGCGGUCCCGGAGCAGCUCCAGGUCUCCGAACCGGAAAGAUUCUUCACGCGCCUCCCCAAACCUGAGUGUGUCGGAGCUGGAGAGGCUUCUGUACACCGGCAAGACGGCGUGUAACCACGCCGACGAAGUGUGGCCGCGGCUUUACAUCGGGGAUCAAGACAUCGCCUCAGACCGCCGUGAGCUGGCCAGACUCGGCAUCACGCACAUCCUGAACUGCGCUCAGAGCAAGUGGCGUGGGGGAGCAGAGUACUACGAAGGAAUGGACAUCACCUACCACGGCAUCGAGGCCCACGACUCCCCAACCUUUGACAUGAGCGUCAACUUCUAUCCUGCUGCAGAGUUCAUCCACAGAGCGCUCAGCAGUGGAGGGAAGGUGCUGGUCCACUGCACGGUGGGAGUGAGCCGCUCAGCCACGCUCGUGCUGGCCUACCUGAUGAUCAGACAAAACCUGACUCUGGUGGAGGCCAUCAAGACUGUGAAAGACCACCGCGGCGUCAUCCCCAACCGAGGCUUCCUCCGGCAGCUCUACGGCCUGGACGGCAUCCUGAGAGACAGCCGGAAGGCGUCACUGCAGAGCUGAAAACACCAGCACCUCGCCCGGGGCAGACGCCAGGUACAUGGAGGGAAGUGACGGAGCCACCCGAGGCUGCCAACGUGGAUGCUCUGUGUCUGUUUAGUGUUUUAAUUUGAGGUCCAGCAGGACCCUGGAUCUCAGAUCUGAAUGGGAGACAUGGCUUUACAAGGCCUGCUCACCUUCACAGCAACAGCAUGGGUCAGAUUUACAAUAUUAUAUCUUGUUUUCAGUAUCGUAGAGUCGCAUAAACGUGAUCAUUAUGAGAUCCACCUCCCGUCUCUGCAGUAGCCCAGAACGCUCAACCCGAGCUCUGGCUCUGGGAGGUUUUAGGAUGUCUUUGCUGCAUGUUUGGACUGGGGUUCUGUUGGUGCAGUUGGUGGUUUAUGUCACUAGAGGGCGCUCGAUCCAACACACUUGACCUUUAACUCGUUUCUUGUACGAGUCAAACUUCAGACCAUUCCAGCUAAAGUUCAGAUGGCAAAAAAAAAUUUUGGUUUUUUUUCUGGAAACUUUUCUAAAACUUUGUCACAUGACUGCCCGAGUUAACCUAGUUCAAAAAGGUUUGACUCAUUAGAAAUGUGUCAUAUCCUAAUAUUCAGGGUUUUGUUGUUCUUGUUGACUGGAAAGACUCAAAGAUAAGGUUUGAUAACUUUGUACAUUUCCAGUACACUUUUGGUGCAAAACCUCACCGAUGUUGAUGAAAUGUUUGUUUUUUAAAAUAAGUCCAAAUCUUUGAAUGUCCCGGAAUCAGUUCUGGCAGGUCUAUAUCUUUCUAGUCAUCAUUAUUACCACGAGAAACAGCGUCUGCAGCGACCCGUCGCUAGGCGACCUCCGCCUCAGGGGCUUCUGGGACAUCGUUGCCCAAGAGUUCACAGGAGUCGUAGCUGGUUGACCCGUUAUGUUGCCACAGUUCCUACCGGUGAAACAAUGGCGCUCGUUUCGGUUGGUCAUGUGACCCAUAGGUGACAGUCACAUGACGUGUUGUUGCGGCUCAAAAGGCCAGAACAAAAACACCUCGUGCGAGUGUAAAACUUUUUUUUUUUAAGUGUCUGAGCUUCUUUCAGAGUCGCCGUGUCUCCGGCGUUUGUUGGUGGACAGAAACAUGGCUGCUGACCGCCUCGUCGCCGCUGCAGUCGGUCAGAGGCUGCUGGGUCAUAACAGUUUAAACUCUUUUAAAAGCAGUGUUUGAGGACUCUGCUCAGGUCUCAGUAAACUGAUGAGAUCCUCGCUGUUUUGGUCGCUGCAGGUCUUUCUACUGGUUUUUUUUUUUACAUUUAUUAAAUGCUCUGAACAGCUUGUACAGUACUUGUAGCCCAGAUGUAAACCAACGCAGUUUUGUAGCUCAGAGUAUUUCAGUGUGGUCAAAAAUGUGCAAAAGUGUGGAAAAGUUAGUACCCCUCCUUUUAAUCCAAUGUUGUCUUUGUGUAAAAACGUACAGUAUCUAUUAAAAAGCUAAGUAAUUUGAUCGUAGACAUUUGGAAAACACAACCUCGGACGGACAACAACAAAGGUUUUUUUUGCCUUGUCGUUAUGUAUUUAACAAAAAUGAAUUCAAAUAUUUGGCCAAUCGUUAAUACAGACCUUCAUCCCUCCACCACUGUGCCCGACAGCAGUGUGACGCCACUCUGGCUAUCUCCAAACGUGGUUCUGGACAUUAAAGCAGCACGAAAGAUGGGAGGCGUUGUUUAGCUGUCACACAUUUCUGUCACUGCUGUUGGUAAAAAACAGCCUAAGUAGCCCUGGACUAGCGGGCUGUCUGUUUGUGAUAUAAAGCUUUAGGGCACGAUGUCACAAACAACAGCGAUGACACUAUUCAAUUCAGUUAUAUAUUUAUAAAGUAUCUAUUAUAACACAAGUUGUCUCCAGGAUCUUUCCAGAGACCAGAACAUGACCACUGAUCAAUUAUUACAUAAUCAAUAACAGGUAAAAACUACCCUCGGGGAAGGAACCUGGACCAGGAACUGGAUCCUGCUGAAGACCAGACGGGUGGAGCAGGAAAAGAGAGAUAGGAAAGAGAGGAUGAAGAACAGAGGAGAGACAGAUAUAUUGUCAAAGGUACAAAAGAGCAGAUAUAUUAGUAUGAAUGAUCCGUUAACUGGAGAACUAAGAGUUCUACGUACAUAUGACUGAUACUUGGUUAGGUGCAUCAUUUGCCUUCAUGUGGUUGCUAAGCAACACAUCCACCAGGAGACAGUGAUGAGUCAACUACUGAAGUUGCAAACACGGCGACUGUGGCAGGAUUAUUAGUUUUAUUUGUGCUAAUUCUCGGAGGAUCAGAAAUAGCGCCGUGAACAGAACCAAAGUUCAUAUUUAAUAAUUUUUCUAUCAUUUUUCACAGGUGCAGAAAUGAUGAAUAAGGUCAUUUUCAAUAUUUUCAGGUGUCCAGCAGUUCCUUUUUUUUUCUUCGUUUCAUUCAGAAAUCGACUCACUGCUGCCCCCACGAUGUCUGGUGGUCUAUUUCGUCUGUAUGUGCACACUCCCAGACGACAUGCAAAAAGACGAACAUAAUCAGAGAAUGAUACGUAUUGCGAUCUACGUCCACCUCCGUAUUGGUUUCAAACGUUGAGCAUUAAGGUCCUUAAACCUCCGGACCUGGAAGAAGAUUCCUUGAAAUUAUGACACGGAUUAAAGUGUACAGGAAACGAUAAAAAUAGUGUUCAUCUGUGCUUGUAUUUGUCCCAGACUAGAACCAGCUGGGAUCAGGUCAUUCCUGAUACAUACAAAAGAAUUUUACAUACAAAAGAAUAAAAAAGUUACAGGAUUAAAACAGGGGCAUCAACUUUUUCUCUACUGUAGUUUACCGUCCAAUUGAUGUUUUCAGUUUACGGCUGAACAAGUUCAGCAUGUGGUUUUAAUCCAGUGUUCUCAGUCACAACUCUUGUAUUCUUUUAUUAGAUACUCUCAGACCAACUUGUGAGUGAUGUCUUUAGUCCAGCUGACUCAGCGUGGUACCGUAUUAAUCAUCCUCCAGUCUGGUGUAUCACUUCAACUUCACAAUGACUGUUAUUUGUUCAAAACAGCAGUAAAACAGCAGCAUACACAAACCACAGAUGUGCCAUUGGAAAAGCUGCCAACUGCCUGGUGAAGCGGCGUUCAAAGCUGAGUAAACUCAAGUUGGUGUCUCGUGAGGAUCCAGUACUGAAACAAAUACCAGCUUUCAAGUACCUUCCUAAGUGUUAUUAAUGAUUACCUCAAGUGUUGUAUUUGACAUGUUUUUUCUGUGAUUUGUUUUUUUUUUCUGUGUUUUACAUAGAAAGUAUAAAUACGUGAAUUUGUACAGCAUGGAUGUUUAAAGUUUCCUUGAAAUGACUAUUUGAGUGCUGUAAACAUCAGCAUGUUCACACACCUACGGUACAAUCAGAAGUUUAGGGGUGACACCCCUCCUGGAGAGCUGAUAAGUGGCCUGAUCAGGUCUGUGCAACUUUGCAACAUGCAAGAAAUGUUUUUCUUUUUCCACACUCUGUUGCACUGAUAUUAAUCAAAGCUUCACGUGGACUUAUUUGAUACUACUGGUUUUUGGGUUUGCUUAAUAGGAAGUAGUAGUUAUUAGGGCUGUCAAAGUUAACGCGUUAAUAAAGCGUUAACUUAAAGCAGCACUAUGUAACUUUUCCACCUUAAUAUCAUAUUUCCAGAGUCAUUGUGAUGGUACAUCAACUUCCAACAGGUUUAAUGACACCUCUGUCAUGGUCUGGGGGGUCUGUAUCGCCUUCACUGGCACUAUGUAACUUUGAGGUGCAUGGUAGGAACCCUUCAACACUACUGGUAAAGCACUACCGCUUUUGUCCAAAGGAGACGCCAAACUCAACAAAAGCUGAAAGUUACAUUGUGCUGCUUUAACGUCCUCUUAACGCCGUCAAUUUUUUUAACGCGCGAUUAACGUGCAGGAUUAAAAAAAAAAGAAAAAAAAGCGCAGCCAAACACACAACCGAUGCAGAGAGCGCAGCGCAGCAGCCGCAGCAUUUACUGUCGAUGGCUGCAGUGGGCGGGGCUUUCAAGCUGCACUGCAGAAGUGGAGGGAACAGUGUAUAUAGCCUACACAUAUAGCGUGCACAUCUUCAGUUUCCUAUUUCCCCAUGGAUCACACUUUGGGACGCCUUCUUUAUAUUUUAGCGUUAUUUCUGCGUAGAUAAGAGUGAGUUUGAUGCUCCUUAACAAGUUUGGUCCGCGGAUCAACAUCAACCGCCAGCGAGCCCUUGCUCCCGGUGAACCAUAAAUCAGCCUUCAAGGCUGAUUUAUGAUUCCGUGUCACACCAACGCAGAGCCUACGGCGUAGGGUACGCGGCGACGCACACCGUACGGUGCGUGUCGCUGCGAAGCCUACGCCGCGGGCCACGCCGUCGAUUUAAAGCCUGAAUUAAGGUUCUGCAUCAAACCAACGCAGAGCACACGCUGUCACCGUGACGCCGUCGUGAACCCUUCGGACUUCUCCGUCACUCCAUUUCGCCGCGGUGCAGUACCCCCCCUGACCGCUAGUUCGCGAUCUUUUCCAGAAUGGUUUAUCCGACUUUUUCCGGUCACAGUGAAUCAAAGAGAUAAGGACUAUUGUGCAAAAAAAACAAAACAAAAAAAUCACAUGCACUUCACUGCAUCACCAGUGAUUGUCGCCAACGGACAAAACCUCAGUAAAGUGCGUACGCCAGCCUUGGUGUGUGCGUGAAAAGCAACUUUCUACGUUCAAAUUAAUUUUCGAAUAUCCGAUCGUGAGCGUAGAAAGUGGCGUACGCACAUUUUUUGUGCGCCGCACGUUUCGAACAUGAGGCUCCAGGUCUCCAGCAGACCUCCAGGCAGAAUGACCUUCACUUGAAACAAAUAAGUUCUUCUGUGAUGACACCGACGUUCUCCGUCUGCUGGCAAACAAAACAAAUUUACAAGCUUGUAAAACAGUUUGAUGGUUUUUCUUGCUGAUUUGUGAGGUCAUAAAGUUUUGUGUAUUUAUUGUAUUUUGUUUACUUCUUUGGGAUUUGUGAGUUUAUCAGGUCAUGAUAUGCGUUUUCUUUAGGAAACCAGAUUUUUUGUAUUUUGGGGUUUUUUUGAUGAUUUUUGGGUGUUUUUCUCUCAUUCUACUUGAUAUAUUUUACUUGCAUGUUAAUAAAGUCGAUAUCCCGCGUGUCACAGUGAACGGUUUGGGCAUCGAUAGGUGGGUGGGGUUUAUGAAGUCAAGAUUUGUAUUCUCUUGCAGAUGUUUACAUUUAUAAAAUCAGAAAUUCAGAUUUUUCUUUCCACAAUUUUCCUGCAAACUCAUACAUUUCCAAACACAAACCUAAAUGUUUUCUUGUGAAUUCGCGAGUUUAUAAUUUCAGAAUUGUUUUAUUUAUUUGGACUGAACUGUCUGUGUACAGAUGUACAAAUGUACAGAUUAAGAAAGUUCCCGUCUCACUGGACUUUCUUCAGAAAUCAGGAUCUUCUUGACUUCUAAGGAAGCUGGAAACAGCUGUGAACAUCCGGAUUUUCAUUGUGUUUGAUGUGGAAGUGUUGUGUUUGUGGUUUUAUUGUGACCGCGUCUGUCGUUGUUUCUCGUUGUUGGUAUCUUUGUUUUCGUACAGACAUUUUUCAAUCAGAAAACUUGUAAAUUUAUUUUUGUAUCACUCUCUUUGACGUUUGCUGAAGGAGAAACUGGAAAAGGAGAUGUUGAUGCCUUAAUCUGUUCUUCAACUUGUUCUUCUGAUUGUGAAAAAUACCAAAUUGAUAAUGUUAUUUUGAUAAGUUCAGUACUUGUAAUUUGAA